UUUCGAAGGUCGUACAAGUACGUUACAUAUGUCGGAGAGGAAACUGUUUUACUAACAGAUCGAAAGCGGCACGGGUGUAGAUGCGCAUACACAUGUAGAAUCGAUAAGAAAGAGGAUACAUUAGUGUGUAAACUAAUAUACGCGCGAAGUGUUUCGGACAACUGUCUCGACCUUAAUCGGAAGGCGCGCCCUUGGACGCUCUGUUCGGGGAAAGGUCGAUUCGAGAGAAUCGAGUGUAAUCGUCGUAAAGAAGUUUGUUUGUUUGCGAUAAGAUUGCUGCCUCUACCACAAGAUACAAGACUGUGUUAUGCUGAAAGUGAGAUUUAUCUUCAAAAAAUGUUGACAGUGAUGUGUCCGAGCUGUCGUCAUCGAUUUCCAGCUCCAGGUUGUUGUGAACCUAAAAAUAUGAAUGAAGAUAACACUUUAAUUCAUCCAACCACCUGUUACUAUGGUGGUCUGCUAGUUCCUAAAGGCUAUACUAGUGGUGGAGGCUGUUUUAUAAAUGCACCAACUAUAAUUCAUACGCAACCUGUUAUCAAUUCCUUCAAUUAUCCAUCAAUGACACUUGAUUUGGAAAAACCAAGAACUGAUAAGCAAAGGGAAGAUUUCCUUCAAAGAUACGAAAAAAAUACACAAGUUCUUGGAUUUCCAUUAAUCAAUGAAGAAUUACAAAAGAAUCAAAGUUCUGGGUGUCAAAUUACUACAAGCUGUGACUUAACUGGAGGAAGUGUAACGAUAACAACACCGAGUAUACAAUCUGGAGGCUGUUUAAUUCAAAGUAUGGAUUCUGAAACUCUUAUGCAUACACCACAUAUGGAAAUCCGUCCAAAAUUAUCUGGUGGAGGAUGUUUUGUGCAAAAGACAUUAUCAACUGAAAAUCAAGAAGUUUCUGUUAUAUCUCAUGAAAAAAAAAUUCAACAAGAAAGUAUGAGUCAUGAUAAAAGGAUGUUUUUAAUACCUCCAAGUGGCUGUCAAGAAUUACCAGGGACACGAAGAAAUAUAUUAUCACAAAAAAUAGAAGAAGCAACUUCGCUAGAAAAUUAUGAGGAAAAGCCUCAAAUUUUCUCAGAUUUUCAAAUGAAUGUGCCAGUAAUGCAAUUUCAACAAGCUAAAAAUUCUAAAACAAAUGAACAUGAAUUAGAACAGAGCCGAAAUUUCACCUGUUGUUGUAAUAAUGUUCAAAAGCUUUAUCAUGUUAAAUCAAAUAAUCUUCAAGUUUCGGAAAAUCGUAAUUCUAUGGUUUUAGAUUCUAAUCCAGGAGUACAGAUUCAAGUUAAUGCAACUGUGCAACUUCCAGCAAAUUUAGGACAAUGUACAGUAAAUAUAACUGCAACUACUACGAAUUCUCCUGAUUCUUUGUCAGGUAUAACUUCAAGAACUAAAAAUAAUUUUAAUGGUGGAGGUUUAGUACAGAAAAAUGAAACUCAAAAUAAUGAAGAAAAUUUUGAUGAAAGAAGAGAUAGAACUCCAACCACACCAGUCUCUUGGUUAAUGCCAUGUCCUUGGAGUUUUGAUAAUUAUAUGAUGGAUAGGGAUGCAGCUAGAUUAAGUGAAGUUAAAAGACUCUUACAAACUUGUGGUUGGUACCAUGAAGGUCUUAGUUGGCAACAGAGUGAAAAUUUAUUAAAAAAUGCUAUGAUUGGUAGAUGGCUGAUGAGAGAUAGUUCAGAUAGUAGAUAUAUGUUUGCUGUGUCUGUGCAAACUGCUAGAGGACCUACCUCUGUUAGAGUUCAUUAUUUUGUGGGACAGUUUCGAUUAGAUGCUGAACCUAGACUUGCUUUUGCAAUUCCUCUUUUUGAUUGUCCAAUUAAAAUGCUAGAAUAUUAUGUGGAAUAUUCAAAAAGUGUUGAUGAACAAAGAAAAGAAGUUUGGGUAGAUUAUAGUGGACAACUUUAUAGUGAAAUUUAUUUGACAAAGCCUUUAGUUAAAGAAGUAAGGUCUCUUAGUCAUUUGGCCAGGUUAGUUGUUAAUAGGAAUAAAUUACCUACAAAACAUUUGCCACCGUUAAUUAGAAAUUAUUUAGCAGAAUAUCCAUAUAGUCUUUGAAAAAUAAUGCAUGAGAUUUUUCUGAUUUCUGGAUUAAUAAUUUAUAAAAUUUAAAAAUUUUUACAUAAAUAAUAAAUAAUUUAAAUAAUAAAUUAAUUUAAAAUAAUAUUCAUCAAUUUAUGAAUUAGAAUAUAUGAAUUAGAAUAUAUUCCAAUAAAAUUUCUAUUUUAUUUAUUAACAAUAAAUAAAAAUAUUUAACAAAAUAGUUUAAUUUAAAUAUAACUAUUAUAAUUUUAUAUAAAUAUAAAUUAUUAAAUGUUUUGCUCGAUUAAUUCUAGAUAUCAGAAAAAACUCGAAAACAUAAUUAUUUUUAUACAUUUUAAAACAAUGUGAAUCAGAAUUUGUAGUAAAGAUGAUAUAUAAAAAUUAAAAUUAUAUAAAAACUAGUGAGAUACUAAAACUUACACUUUCGUAAAUUAAAAUUAAAAAAUUAAAAGUAGCUUAUGAUAUUAAAAUAAUACGUGAAAUUGUUAAAAUAAUGUUAAAAUAAUGGAAGCUAAGCAAAAUUUUAUAAUUUUGUUCGUAGUCAGUAAAGCAUAAUAUUGUAAGAUUGAUUAUUCGACCGAGUUUCUUUUCAUUUAAAAUUUUUUCGAAAGACAGGGUACCAUUUACAUAUCCUGCUCGGACCAAUCAAAAUCUUCAACGAUUUUUUUCUUCAUACAUAAUUAAUAAAAUUAUUUGUUUGUAAGAUUUUGUUGAAUCUGAAAUUCCAUUUGAUUAUAAGUUUUGAUAAGUAAUUUUUUUAGCAUUGAGAAAGACACUAAACAACUUAAACAAAAUUAAAUUGGAUUAAUUAUUUUAACAUAAUAUUAAUAAAUUUAAUGUAUAUUUUAAUAAAUAUACAUUAUAUAAUAAAUAAAUUUAGUUAAUAAAUUUUAUGUAUAUUUUAUAUACAUAAUAUAUAUUCAUACUAUAUCAUAUAUUAUAUGGUAUGAAGAAAUUUUUCAUACAUGAAUUAAUUAGAAAUGUAAAUUGUAUUUAAAUUUUACUUUAAGAACUCGGUCGAUUUUAAUAUAUGUUGAACAAUGACAGCCUUCUGCAACACUGACAAAUUAUUUAAAUUUGAAAAGCUAGGAAUCAUUGCUUCAAAUUUAAAAAUGAUAUUAAAUCGGUUUCAAUGAAGAAAUUGUAAGGCAGUAUUAGAUUUUUAAGCAUUAAUUUGACUCUUCGUUUUUUAAAAAUAAAGAUAAUAAAAUUGUAAAUCAGUCUUUAAAUAUUAUGUAUAACUGAUUUGCAAAGUAAUUAUCUUAUUAAAUUAUUUAAUACAUAUUUGAAUCAUUUAAAAUGUCUUUAUCGAUAUCAAAUAAAUUAAAUUCUGAUGUUUUCAAAAUUCAAAGAAACUUGUAAUUAAAAAUAAAAGUAAUAUAAUUUUUAAUUUUACGUACAAAUAUUGAUUUGUAAAAUAAUAAUAUUUAAAACGAAGAGUUAAACUUUAUAGAAAAAUCAAACGCUAAAUUGAUUUAAUUUUUGUUUAUUAGUGAGUUUCUUUAAAUGUAAUUUGGUACAUACGCGCACGUGCGUGUAACGGAAUCUUUAUACAUAUAUGAAUAAUAGAGAAUACGAUUUAAAUGUCGAUUGUUAUGCAAAACCAUAAUUGAUAUAUUUUUCUAAGCAAGAAUCGACGAUCUUUUCAAAGUUAAUACAAUUUUUCUAAUAGAAAAUAUUAUACGGGGUUGUUCCCAAAACUAUGCCUCUUCAGACAAAUCUAGUUGAAGAAAUUGCGUUAUUUAAAACUUUUUCUACAAUCAUAACGCUGCAUUUGGCUGUAUGACUUUUUGAUGGGAUGCCCAGUAUAAAUUAAUAUGAGUUUUUGUUCAUUGUCUCUAUAUUAGAGAUAUCAUUUUAAACUGUCGAUAUAUCUACCCUUCGUAAAUUAUUUUUGAAAAAAAAAAAAUUAAAAUAAAAAAAUAUUUUUUAUAUCAAUUUUCAAUUAUGAUCAUUUUAAUAUUUCAAUGAAAUUUCAAUUAUAAUUUAAAAUUAAUUUACAAUUUUUUUAUAUAUAAAAAAAUAUCUUUAUAUUGUAGAAUGUUUAAUUCUUAUUAACGAUUGAGUAAUAACAUGAAGUUUGUGUUAUUACAUUAACAAGAUUACAAAGAUUUACGAAGGUUAGUUAAUUUCGAUUUUUCUGAUUUUAAAAGUCGAUUCGACGGAGUAUGUUUGUUGUUGGAAACUGCCACUCAGCGAAUCCUACAAUGUUUUAUAUUGCGAUUAUAACAAUGUAUAGUGUGACAUGAAUUAAAUUAUUAAAGAAUUAUUUAUUAUCAACAAA